UUUUCCUAGACUGUCUUGCUGAUAAUCUAGAUUGCCUCAACCUCAAUAAAUUUAAAAUGUGUGGGCUUCAGCUCCCGGAUUUCCCCAGCCUCAUACAUGACUGGAAAGGCAUUUUGCCCUCUUAGCUGUUCUUGCAAAGCAGAAAACUGGAUUCCCACACGGAAUGCUAAGCUGAGGGGAAUUCUUUUGUCAUUUGGGAUUAAGGAGUACAAAUCUAUCAAUUAAACAACAGUACCGCUUUGUUACACCACACAAGUCUUUCCUGUUUCCUGCAGUGCCACAGAUGCCAGUGAGGUCUCUAUUUAUUCAGACACAGGACACUCCAAAUCCAAACAGCUUAAAGUUUAUUCCAGGAAAACCAGUCCUGGAGUCCAGAACGAUGGAAUUCCCGUCUCCUGCUUCCACCUUCUGCUCUCCAUUGGCAAGGCAGCUCUUUCGGAUUGAAGGCGUUAAAAGCGUAUUUUUCGGAACAGACUUCAUUACUGUCACAAAGGAAAGUGAGGAGGUGGACUGGAACUUAAUAAAACCCGAUAUCUAUGCAACUAUUAUGGACUUCUAUGCUUCGGGCUUGCCCCUUGUUACAGAAGAGAGCCCUCGUACAGACACAGCCCCAUCUGAAGAAGACGAUGAAGUUGUAUUAAUGAUAAAAGAGCUGCUGGAUACCAGAAUCAGGCCAACCGUCCAGGAGGAUGGGGGAGACGUCAUCUUUAAGGGCUUUGAAGACGGGAUUGUGCAACUGAAGCUGCAGGGUUCCUGCACCAGCUGCCCCAGUUCCAUCGUCACCUUAAAGAGUGGAAUACAAAACAUGCUGCAGUUCUAUAUUCCAGAGGUGGAAGGUGUAGAGCAGGUGGUUGAUGAUAAUGAAGAAAAAGAAGUCAAGUCAACCUGAAUCGGGGAAGAGCCCUGGACUGUGGGCAGAAAUUAUGUGCCUGGCGGGUUUGUCUAAAUUGGCCCAAAUGCAGCUUCUUCAUUGGGCCAAUUCUGUUUUUGUUUCACUGCAUAAGAAAACAAGCAAGUAGGAACAAUCUUUGCUUUACAUGAACAAAAAGAGGAAAGCAGACACAAUAGGUAGGUUCCCAACAGUUUCUGAAAUACACGCUUCCUCCCUUGGAUUCAAAUAUUUUCUGAAGUAUCUCCAAUUAAUCUUCCUGAAUAUCAGUUAUCUAUUUAUUGGGCAGGCUCUCUUCUCAUUGACACUAUAGUCACUUCUGGAGAUGAUUUGGUCAUAGAGCACUGCAUUUUUUUAAAAAACCUUUCCCCCGCUACUUAGAUUUCAAAAGUAAUUUUUUAAUUGUGCUCUCAUCAGGAGGCUUAAAUUUAUAGCUUUCAUUUUGUUUUAAAAACACCCAUGGGUUCAAUAAAAUAACACUUAAUACCACUGUCAUUUACCUUAUUUGCAUAGAAACUAUCUGGUAAUACUUUGUUCCAAAAUUCAGCAGACUUCACCAUCCUUCUUGGUGAUCUCAAGGGAGCCAAACGUUUUUACAACCCGACUAGGAUUUUUUGCACUUGGAGCCUGAACACACUUAUAUCAUGCUUUGGAUUUAAAUGUCUUGAAUCUGUGGAGCAAACAAUCCAUUUGCAAGUCCUGCUUGGUUGCAGUGAGGUGUUGUUCAUAGAUGCUGUGAUUGUAAGGAAAUAAUUGAAGUGUGUCGUGGGUCCAAUGAAGUCCACUAAGUGCAUUUACAGUUUAGAGGAAUGCAUGAAAUGAGAUCCUUUUGGGAGGACAAUUUAAAAAUGGCUUAGCCAGACGCUGGGGCGUAUAGCUUCUGAAGACGGGCCUGGCCUUUCUUCUUAACACCAAUCCUUAAGGGCAGCAAAAAAAUCUUGUGAAUUGGUGGGAGCCAUUGAGGGCAUCAGCUGACCUUCCAUUACUGAAUUGGGGUUUUGAAAGAGAGACGGAGGCUUACAGAGGUUUUAUGUGCUGCUUCGUCUGUUUCUGGAAAAUAGAAGAACAACAUUGCUCAAACUUGGGGUGAAGCAGCUGCUUUCAUUGCAAAGCAUAAGGACUGAGACAUGUGCCUUGCAAGGUGACAUUCCAGUAAGAGCCCAGGAGGUUUGAGACAGCCGAUUUCAAAGGUUUAAAAUCAGUUUAAAUUAAAGCAAUUGGUAUGUAAUUCUGAAUGUGGUCGUUCUAGAACUUUUGCCUGCACUUUGUGAAUAAAGACGCAUCGUGGCUCAAACGUA